CCAAAACUUGACGCCGUAAACGAGAUGCCCCAGCUCAUCGUGACCUUAUUGCGCGCCAGCAACCUGCCCGUGGCUGACACCUUCAUCCAAGGCAGCGCCAGCGACCCCUUCGUAACCUUUCAACUGGGAGACGAGUACCUGCGCUCAUCAUGCAUCAACGAGGCGCUGGAUCCAGUGUGGCAGCCGGCUGAGACGUUCGAGUUUGAGGUGCCGCAUACGUCGCGGAAUGUCGAGCGCGAGCUUUUGAUCCAAGUGGUGGACAACGACCGCUUCAAGAUGGAUGACCUGCUGGGGGAGCUACGUCUCCCUCUGUCCACCUUUGAGCGACGUCCCAAUGAGGCUGUCAUUGAGACCUACGAGUUAACAGUCCCGGAAGCCUUAAAGUCUGCGUCCAAGUGCCCGGACAAGAAGACGACGAUCCAGUUGGACAUUUGCUUCGCAGAAGAGACUGAUGGACAGAAGACUUUGUGUAUUUGGGAGAACGAGGACUAUGUGGACGGCAAGUGGACGCCCUCGCACAACAAUGAGCGUCGUCACUGGAGCACCUUUGACCUCCAGACGUCCUCCGACAACUUUGACCAGGUGGCUCCGGAAGUCCCCGAGGGUCUUGAAGGGUCCGGGUGGGCUUAUUCUACUAAGAAGGGGGACGAACAUGGAUGGAUCUAUGCGAGUACCUACACGGGACCCUGGUCGUCGUCCUCGUUCUCUACGAGUUACGCACGUCGUCGACUGUGGCAGAACAAUUGCCGUCCUGCAGUCGCCUGUGAGUGAGCUAAAGAAACCGAUGAUGUUGAAGGGUAGCUGCUGUGAAGAAGAAAUACGUGAAGACUGUAUUGUUCUCAUCAGAAAGAAAGCGAAUCAAGAGCGUUGCAACUCGAAUCGUAUAUGAACACAUACUCAUUCCGUCCUUUUUUUUAAGAUGGAACAUGGUUGUCACCUAGCAGCUACAUCUAUGGUAUUGCUAACGGUAUCCGCACCACUCGAUUUCUCUACUCUCACGUCGAGUUGCCGGGUUUUUGAUCAGUUCUCUUCUACUCGACUUGAAAUUCUAGAGUUAAUCAUCUAAGCAUGGUUUGGACUGUAUGCUCUCCUUUGAAACGGGGGCAACUAUGAAACAAGUUGAGAUUCCUGAAGAGCUUCUUUAUCUCGCUACCAACAAUUUCACGAACCCUUUGCUUAUCAUGAAAAUGUCUCCUUAGUAUUUUGGCUGAAUUGGCUCUACAGAUCUAUAGAAUAGAAUGCCGC